CAAGUUUGGGUAUAUAAUUAGCAGACAAAGCAGCUUUAUCUUCGGACCAGCACGACGUUCUUCAUCACUACCCUUUUUUCUUUAUAUUUCAAGGCGAGCUCGACCAUCAAUCGUUAGUGGGUGCCUUCAAGCCACGUCAUCCAGUAAAUCACUAGUCCCUGAAUCCAUGCUCGGGAACGCCGUGUGCUUCACCACCCCCAAAGCUAGUACAACUCGACGAAAAUGGGUAACAAUGGCUUGCAUGCUAUCACUGGCUCCGCUUCCCUGUGCAAGAUGGUCCCUUAGAUGAGGUAUAUAUGUAGGGCUAACGCGCAUCCUCAUGCCCUGGCACGUCCUAAGCUCUUGCGCAUAAUUCCCCAAUACGCUUUUUGAGCCAGGAUUAUGACGACUAACAUUCAAAACGGGAUUUACGUCCUCACGAAUGUUGAAGCAACAAAUAUCUGUCUCGAGAUCUUAGGACCGGAACGUGGGUACUCCGUUGUUGGCAAAGAAUUCCGAAACCAUGAAAACCAAAAGUGGUUAUUGCACCGUGACAGCGAUGGCAUCUACGCGAUUUAUUCCCUCCCGCUUUCACUCUUUCUCAACACUGCAAUCGACCCAGAGUACGGUGCUAGACUAGUGGGAACGCCCUUUACGUUCUGGUGGGGCAUCGAGAGCGAACCCGGUUUUGAGGAUACAUUUAGGUUGUGCGUUCCGCAUACUUGCCUGGAUGUCGAGUUUGCGAACAAUGGGUGUUUCAUGCCAGAUAGCCCCGCAACGUUGGGAGAGAGGUCUGAAGAUCACAAUCAGCUUUGGCGUCUGCAAAAAUUUGCAUGGUAGAGGGCUUGCAUAGGGGAGCGGUGCGAGUACGUACUAUGCAUUCACAUACACCAAGAAUGUACAAUUCUUUGAUAUCGUCGAUCCCGUACAUACGUACAUGUCGUCAUACAAAUCUAUGGAACGUUGGCACUCCGUGGGACCGUGGAAAACGAAAAAGUGAAAAUAG